AUGGCGAAACUAUGUGGGGAGCCUCAGGAGGUGGGAGUUCCUUCUACCUGGGCUUUCCCAGCCUGUGCGAUGGGGCCCUGCUUGAGGAACCGGAGGAAAGGAGGACAGAGAAAUGUCAUUUUCAGGUGGUGGAAAAUCUCCAUUAGGAAUGAAUUUCAUAAUUUAAAACCUAGAGAAAUUAUAGCAUCUCAGGAGGAUAAUAAUAAUUACAAAUGUUGGAUUACUGUAGUGUUUGGUGCCAGAGUUCUGGACGUCCUCAAUUUGUGCCGAGGUAACUAUGACUUCCUGAAACAGCUUCCUGUCCCAUUGCUCCUGUACAUCAUUUCCUUUCAGCUUGAAGAUAUUGCCAGACUUUCUCAAGUUUCACACAGAUUUGAGACAGUAAAAAUUUAAAACCCAAAACAUUCAAAUUGAAAUAGUUAUCUUUGCUGAGCAGACUGUUGGCUUUGAUUCAUGGUUUAACAUAAUCAUCAAUCUGUCUGCUUUCCUUAAGACAACAAGUAAAUAAGGAUUGUCAUUUUUUUGGAGACAAUAAAUGAAUCAAACUGAAUGGCUGCAGUAAAAAACAGAUCUUACAAAGGGUGUGUUUAUCCUGCAAGCUUUUGUUUUAUAAUAAACUCAGUGAUCCAGGUAAUUCCAUUGCAACCCAUGGCUAGCUGUUACACACUGCUUCCAGGAUUAAGUAUUGGAAAUGUGAAACCUUUGCUUUGUUUUAUGAUUUGUAUUAUUUAGUGUCUAGAAACUUCACCCACAGACUGAGAACCCUUAUUCUGAACUCAUGACGAAACAAAAAGUCUUUAUGUCUUUGACAAAAGACAUGAGCACAAGGAAAGAGAUUUUUUUUAGAUUUUGCAGCAAGGAACUGUUAGAAACACAGGAGGAGAAAGAGGUGACUUUUGCUUGCUUGCUAGGAAGCUCUUCCCAGCCCUCAGGAAAUUAUGGGAAAUAGUAUGUACAUGUUGAAUUGAAACUUUAAAGAGUGAAUAACAAUAAGUUGCCAUUAUUGGAAAACUGGAGCUAAGGGUAUCCUCUCCAUGCUGAAUGAUGGGUAAGGGAUUGGAAGAAUAACCUGGAAGCUGCAGGAGAAUGGGGAGCAAUCUGUUGGUGCAAAAGAGAGAAAAUGUAUUGGAAAGGCCUUUGGGAGGGCAACUGUUCCAGCUUCCUGGUCUGUGCAGGGUCAGGAAAUCAGGAUGGAAAGCUAAAAAAUUCAGAGCUAUCAUGUAGGAAGCUUAUUUUUGUGGAUCUGAAUACUUCAAAAUUUUCUAUCCCUGUCAGAGCCUGAAAAAAGGCUGCUGCAGAAUUCAGGUAGGAGUGAAAAAUAUUUUAGCUCAUGGAAAAUAGGAAGAGAAAUGUUUUAAAGAGUAAAAUAACUUUAUUCUUAUACCCAAGAGUGCUGUAGAGGCCUAGAAUGAAGCCCAUCAGUUUCUGGGUGGAGAAGUUAAUGAGAACAUAAGCACCAGUGAGACCUUAUGAGGAAUUGUAAAAUGGGUUUAGUUCUCUUGAUUCUGCUGUGACAACUAGAUAUGUUCUGAAAGACUUCAGAGAGGCAGAUUAAACUUGUAUGGAGAGUGGGACAUGUCUGGUGCAGAGCACAUCCCAAUCACAAUGAGAUUGCUCACAGGAUUUGUAUUAUUUUGAGGCUAUGUGGGACAAGAUUUCAAGAAAAGUUCUGUGUCAGACUGUCAGUUCCAGAGGAUGUGGCUGUGCUGCUAUUCCUGUUUUGUGGCUACCAAAGCAUUACAGAUGCUUUAGUGAGAGCGAGUUCAAGUGAGCACAAGAAAAAGGGAACGGGGCAAAGAAAGCACAGGAGGAAAUGGCAAGACAGGAAAAUAGAGCGUGUCAUUAAUUUAAAUAUGAAGGCCAGAUGGGAGCAGAUAAGCUUGCUAAAGUUCUGGGCUGUAUUUCAGUUUGAAGAUAAAUCAGUUGAUAUUGUGACUGGGGAACAACUGAAUGGAGAAUAAGGGAGUAAAAUAACUAAAGGAAGAGAAUGGAUUGAAGAGAGACCAGGAAAUUAUUUGUCAGUAUAUUUGGAAUUCAUCUGUCAUUUGAAGAGUGUGAGUCAAGCAGGAUAAGGUACUAUGGAGGGCAGUAAACUUUUCAUUAGUUUAACACAAAGCCUUGGAUAUUUUGGAAUUUAAAGAAAUCCUAGAAAGCAUUAAGUUGCAUACCAAUAAAAAUAUGAUUUUGGCUUAAUGCAGUAAACUAUGAGAACAAGUAAAGCCAUGCUCCCUUUCUCUCAUUUCAGCAGUAUACCUAGGGAAUUAAAAAUUUGCCCAAAUAAUAUGUUUUUAUUUCCAGAGUAAUUUAUGUAUAUACUGGAAUGCUGCUCUCUGUGGGAUUAUCGAGUAGCAUGUUUGGAUUUCUGAACAGAGGAAAUAGAACAGUUCUCCACUCAGGACUGGAAAGUGGAGUGUGGGAGCUCUGUGUGUCCAUGCCAUGCAGUGCAUCCUUGCAGGCUGAACUCAGCAGAUAUCUGCAUUGUGACCCCAAGCAUGGCAUUUCUCUGACUGGAGUUCUGAGCAAAAAUCCUGCUCUCCAGGAGAUCCAGAUGCUUUCAAUGUGUAUUUGGAGGAUUUUAGACUGUUCACUAGGUGCUAUUCUUACGUCCUGUAACAGAAGUCCUGACGUGGACUCACCGUGUGAGCACUGUGUGUUUUCCCGACGCUUUGGCAGCGAGCGCUGUUCCGUGCAGCGUCCCGGCCCCAGUCCCGCCCGCGAUCCCUGCCCGGAGUUCCGGACGAGCCCUCCGCAAACUCCGGGCGCUGCGGGGCGCGGCGGCCGCCAGAGGGCGCCCCGGGGCAGGGCCGCUGUCAGCGCGCGUGGGGAUAGCCCGGGAAUGGCUGGGAUAGCACAGAGCCCGGGAAUGGCUGGGAUAGCACAGAGCCAGGGAAUGGCUGGGAUAACACAGAGCCAGGGAAUGGCUGGGAUAACCCAGAGCUAGGGAAUGGCUGGGACAAUGCAGAGCCAGGGAAUGGCUGGGAUAACCCAGAGUCCGGAAAUGGCUGGGACAAUCCAGAGCCAGGGAAAGGCUGGGAUAACCCAGAGCUGGGGAAUGGCUGGGAUAACACCGAGCCCGGGAAUGGCUGGGAUAACCCAGAGCCAGGGAAUGGCUGGCAUAACACAGAGCCAGGGAAUGGCUGGGAUAACCCAGAGCCAGGGAAUGGCUGGCAUA